CUAGCUCCUCCUUUGAACUUUUUCCAAGUUAAACUUCCAAAAGAGAUAAUCUUAAUUUCUAACUCUUCCUCUUCUUCUAAACAGUCUACUAUGGAUAUCGAAAAGGCAGGGAGCAGAAGAGAAGAAGAAGAACCUAUUGUGCAAAGGCCAAAGCUAGACAAAGGCAAAGGCAAAGCUCAUGUGUUUGCUCCUCCUAUGAACUAUAGUAGGAUCAUGGAGAAACACAAACAAGAAAAGGUUGGCACAUCAGGGUGGAGAAGAGGUGUAGCGAUAUUCGACUUUGUUCUUAGACUCAUCGCAGCCAUAACUGCCAUGGCUGCUGCAGCAAAGAUGGCAACAACAGAAGAGACUCUUCCUUUCUUCACUCAGUUCUUGCAGUUCCAAGCUGAUUACACUGAUCUACCAACUAUGUCAUCUUUUGUGAUAGUAAACUCAAUCGUCGGCGGCUACCUAACUCUCUCAUUGCCUUUUUCAAUUGUAUGCAUCCUCCGCCCACUCGCCGUGCCGCCUAGGCUCUUCUUGAUCUUAUGUGACACGGCAAUGAUGGGUCUCACUAUGAUCGCGGCAUCAGCUUCUGCCGCGAUAGUAUAUUUGGCGCACAACGGAAAUUCGAGCUCGAACUGGCUUCCGGUUUGCCAGCAGUUCGGUGACUUUUGCCAAGGAACGAGUGGCGCCGUGGUGGCCUCCUUUAUCGCGGCGACUCUACUCAUGUUCCUAGUCAUCCUUUCUGCAUUUGCUCUCAAAAGAUCAACCUGAAAAUUCGGAUUGAUCCACUAGAUUUAUUUUCAUUGUGCUCUGAUGAUAUUCAUUUUGUGUGAAUUUGAAAUGGUUACUAUGUAUGAUUUGGUUUUGUUGUGAAUUGUGUAACUCAAGGUUGUAUUGUGGAAAAUUGUUGUAUAUCAAUCUUAUAUUUUCACA